CGGAUGUGUCAUGUUAAACUUAAAUUUAAUAAAGUGGCGUUGUUUACAUUGGUCUUGACUCUGAGAAUAAAGGAUUCAAAAUGAAAGAUCAUUAAAAUAAAAUGCAGUUGCUCAUUGUUUCUUUGUUUUUGAAAUUGUGGUAACAGCGUUCUUAGUAUGUUUACUUAUACUCGAAGGCGUAAUUGAGGUUGUAAUUAGAUUUUAAAUAUUGGAGAUAUUUCUUAUAUAUAUCUUAUGUCUAAGGCUCCAACUGUUGUGUUUGUAUCUGCAUGAUAUCUUCUCUUGCAGAUUGAAAUUUUAAAUACAUGAAUAUACUAGAGGAAUGGUUUUAUGAUGAAAAGGAAGUUAAUUGUUCUUUGAGUGAAAUCAUGCAAUAUACUGUGACUGGUGACCACCGAAUGAAACCUCUAUAAUUGACGAGUUCCUGCUUCAAGAACAAGUCAUGCUAAAUAUUCUUGGUGUCGUAGUUAGCUUUCUCAUGUCAAUUGCGUUCAUUAAUCUAUUCAAUCUCUACGCUUUUACGACAAUCUGGCGUAACAAAUGCUUUCGCCCAUCACAGAAUUCAAGAUAUGACAGUAUCGAUUUGGAACUGAAGAGUAGAGAUCUAGUGCUAGUCAGUAUCAUGACACAUUGUGGGACAAUCAACUCAAGGGCAGUUGCAGUAUACAAUACCUGGGCUCAAAUCAUUCCUGGCAAGGUUCUUUUCUUUGUUGGAAACGAUAGAGUGGUAGAGAAAGUGUCUGUUCCCAUUGUUGUUCUUCCUGUUGAAGAUGGCGUUUAUCCUCCUCAAAAAAAAGCAAUGUUCAUGCUCAAAUAUGUAUGGCAAAAUUAUGGCAAUCAGUUCCAAUGGUUUAUACGGGCCGAUGACGAUGUGUAUAUAAAUGCUGAAAACUUAGAUGUCUUAUUGAGAAGUGUAGCGUCAAGUGAUGACGUAUUGCUAGGGCAUCCGGGUACUGGCACGGACGACGAUGAAGGAAAACUGGGAUUGGCCUCAGAGAGCAAUUUCUGUAUCGGAGGUCCUGGAAUAAUAAUGAGUCGAUCGGUAUUGAAGAAAAUUCACGCUCAUAUUGAUGCUUGUAUAAAUAACCCGGCUACUACGCAAGAGGAUAGUGAAGUUGGCCGCUGUCUAACGAUGUUUGCAGGCGUGAAGUGUCCUUGGGGUUACGAGGCAAGUGAAUAUUUCCACCAAGAUUACGGUGAUAAUAGAUUUUCUUAUCAUGGAGACCUUUACUUGUUAGCAAUGAACAAAGCUGUGAGCUUCCAUCCAGUUAAAGAUCCUGCGUAUCUUUAUCGUCUACAUUACCACUUUCUAAGUUUAAAACUACGAAAGCGUCUUAGCCGUAUCGUGACUUUAGAAAAAAACAAGGAAUAUAUCAAGAAAAUGGUUAGAUAUAAUGAAAAUGCUGCUCCGAUACCUUGCCUGCAUUGUAUAAGAUGCGAUGAGUUUCAUUCGGUUGAAGGCAAUCGCGACAGCAUCUCAAUUAGAACAUGGGGUAUGUUUUAUGAUAAAUUUAGGUAUAGUAUGAACGAGUAUGGCUCUUCACAGAAAACUUUACCACAAAAGCAUGGGAUCUUAUCAUCAGUGAAGCAAAACAAACCAUUAUAAAGAUGGAAAAACCUCAACUGCAUCAUGGAUUUUAUUUUGGUCAGUACAACGUAGGUUAUAUGAAGGAAAAUCCCCUAAAGUGCAACGUUCAUGUCGUGUAUUUUACUGCUCGAUUGAAGCGUGUUGUCAAUGGUACGGUAAAGAGCUUUCAUCAUCUAAGACGUGUGUUUAUUAAGAACUCCUUUGGAAAGUUACAUGUACGUUUUCUUGCACCUAAAGACCGAGAACAAGUUAUUAAUAUUGUUCUUUUGUGCCAAGAUUGCCAUGAACAUCUGCAAUCUCUUCUUCGUAACGUACAAGACAAACUUCAACAAGAGAACUUGCGUAUUUUCUUCGUUACCUCUCGAUAUGAUACGAAAAGGGAAAUGUAUAAAAACGUACAUAAAAGUUGGAAAGAGGCCAAGCAAUACAAAAAAAAGGCAGUCUGGAUCGAAACUCAGGAGGAAUUGGACUCACUUACCGUGUUGAAAACUGUAUUGAAACUAAUCCACGACAAUGAAUUGAUAUUGUUCACUCGCCUCGAUUUCACAAUAAACAAAGACUUCCUGGAAAGAUGUCGAUUGAAUACUGAAAAGUCUUCGCCUUAUUUUCCAACUAUCAUAAAACUCUAACAAAAAUAACGUGUUUGAUAGUGGUAAUUGGCAAUAUGACGAUUAUUCCACGUUUUGUGCUUUUAGCGAAGAUGUUAGAUCGAUGGUUAAUGAAACGGUUGAUGAAGACGA